AUGGUUCUGGACACAGAAGACUGGGCUGAUGAGCUCCCACCAGAACAAAUAGCCGUCCUCCGCAAGGCUUUCGAUGGCUUCGACCACAACCGCUCAGGCAGCAUCCCGUGUGACUUCGUCGCGGACAUACUUCGGAUGAUGGGACAACCUUUCAACAAAAAAAUCCUUGAAGAGCUCAUCGAGGAAGUCGAUGCUGACAAAUCUGGCCGUCUUGAGUUCCCUGAAUUCGUAACCUUGGCUGCCAAAUUCAUCGUUGAAGAGGACGCCGAAGCUAUGCAAAAAGAGCUCCGGGAAGCAUUUAGAUUAUACGACAAGGAAGGCAACGGUUACAUUCCCACGUCGAGCUUACGUGAGAUCCUUCGCGAGUUGGAUGAGCAGCUGACAGACGAAGAACUCGACGGCCUUAUCCAGGAGAUCGACACGGACGGCAGCGGCACGGUGGACUUCGAUGAAUUUAUGGAGAUGAUGACUGGAGAAUAA